CAGCAACCAGCUAUCGAGUCUCUUGAUCUCUUGAUCACCUGACGACCUUACACAGUUCGCGGCGAGGAGGACACGGCUGCCGUUCCAGCUUCUCUUCGUGGAUUACCGCCAUGUCCCGCGAUGUGAGCCACCUCGGCGAACCCCCGACCAUUAUCAGACGGACGAGCUCGCCCUUGCAUCUCCCAGCGAACAAGAGGGAGGAUGCCUCGCAGAUCGAGGAGAUUAGACGGUACGAGGACUUUAGUACCGUGGACUGGAUCGAGGAUUCACUCCACGAAAGAGAUCUCCGAUCCAAGAACCUGCCCAAGGAUCCGAAUUCCUUCUCUGGGCGGAUGAGCAAUGUCCCCGGGAUCGUCGGGUACCUCUACAGGGCGUUGGCCCAAUUGGGGGAAGAGGGGGAAGGUUGGGUCGUCGUCACCCUGGUCGGCAUCUUGAUCGGACUCAACGCCGCCCUGAUCUCCAUCGUCACCGCCUGGCUAUCGGACAUGAAACUGGGAUACUGCUCCACGGGAUGGUGGCUGUCCCAAAAGUUCUGUUGCGCAGAGAUCUCGGCCGAAGGGGCUGCUUGUGAAGAAUGGAGGUCGUGGGGCGGGAUCGAGCCGUUCCAGUAUAUCGCCUACGUCUUGUUCGCGGCCCUGUUCUCUUAUUCAGCGGGCAAGCUCGUCAAAUCGUUCGCUCCCUAUGCAGCCGGGUCGGGUAUAUCCGAGAUCAAGUGUAUCCUAGGUGGAUUCAUCAUCAACGGGUUCCUCAGCAUCUGGACACUGGCCAUCAAGAGUCUGACUCUGCCUCUUGCGAUCGGAUCGGGGUUGUCGGUGGGGAAAGAAGGUCCCUCGGUACACGUCGCGUGCUGCGUGGGUAGCGUCGUCGGAGGGAUGUUUGCCAAAUACAGGGCUAGUCACGCCAAGAUGAGGGAGAUCUUGACGGCGGCCAGUGCUGCAGGAGUCGCCGUAGCCUUCGGUUCGCCCAUCGGCGGAGUCUUGUUUGCGAUCGAAGAGAUGAGUCACAACUUUACCAAUAAGACCAUGUGGAAGAGUUUCGUAUGCGCCUUGGUGGCGACGUUUACCUUGUCCAUCAUGAACCCUUUCCGGACGGGCAAGCUCGUCUUGUUUCAAGUAUCGUACGAUCGGGACUGGCACUAUUUCGAGAUUCCCUUUUAUAUCUUGAUCGGAGUGUUCGGAGGACUGUAUGGCGCUUUCGUCAUCAAAUUCAACCUCCAAGUCGCUGCGUUCCGACGUCGGAAUCUAGCCACACACGGAAUCUACGAAGCGGUCUUUUUGGCCGUGCUCUCCGCCAUGAUCGGAUACUUUAAUCGGUUCCUGAGGAUUGACAUGACGGAAAGUCUCGAAAUCCUCUUCAAGGAGUGUGAAGGUGGUGGUGAUUAUUCAGGAUUGUGCCAGUCGUCUUCACAAUGGCGGAUGGUCAAUUCUCUCCUGCUCGCUACGAUCAUCCGGACCUUCUUGAUCGUAUUGUCUUAUGGAUGCAAGGUACCGGCAGGUAUCUUUGUACCGUCAAUGGCUGUGGGAGCUGUCUUUGGCCGGAUGGUUGGGAUCAUCGUCAAGGCUAUGUAUCUUGCCAACCCGGAAGCUAGUUACUUUGCCAGCUGCGCACCAGAUCAGCCUUGCAUUACCCCAGGGACAUAUGCGUUUUUGGGGGCGGCUGCUGCUCUAGGCGGUAUCACCCGAAUCACAGUUACCGUCGUCGUCAUCAUGUUCGAGUUGACGGGUGCCUUGACCUACAUUCUGCCCACCAUGAUCGUCCUGCUUUUCACCAAGGCAGUUAGCGACUUCUUUGGUGGUGGAGGGAUGUCGGACCAAAUGAUCAAGUUCAACGGCUUUCCUUUUCUUGAGAAAGAGGACAAGGAAGCUGGCGACGCUUCUUACCUCGAGCCGAUCGUCAACGUGAUGAAGCGGGACAUAGUCGUUAUGAGAGCAGACGGGAUGAAAACGCAGGAAAUCGAGGAAAUCUUGCAAACUACUAGCUAUCGAGGAUUUCCUGUUGUCAAAGGAGUACGGGAUAAUACCAUUCUGGGCUUCAUCCGAAAAUCCGAGUUGGGAUAUGCAUUGGACAAGAUUCGCAUGACAAGAGGAUCGUCUGCAGAUGUCAUCUGUACCUUCCGGCAGAGCUCGUCGAAUGACAUUCGGCCCGGCAGUAGCUCAGCCACUGAAACGCGUGCGGAUCACGUCGACUUGGGACGGCAUGUCGAUCAAACCUCUUUGAACGUGUCUCCUCAGCUUCCGCUUGAGAUUGUAAUGCAAAUGUUCCGACGAAUGGGUCCUCGGGUGAUUCUGGUUGCUCAAGAGGGACAACUCUUGGGGCUAGUCACUGUCAAGGAUGUUCUGAGACAUGAAGCUGCAGUGGAACAUGCACACAAGAAUCGCCAAGCCCAGGUCGUUGCGCCGGACUGGCGAGACGGCAUCUGGAACCUGGAUGAGAACGCCGCAGGGCUGGAGGUGGUACUCGAAGAAGCCCUGUCCCGGGUCAAACUCGCCACGGAAGGCGUGCAUAACCUUUUGGACCGGAUCUUUAAUCGCAAUCGAGCAGGGACCUGGACCAGACCGAACGAUGAUACCAGAACAGCGGCGGAGGAGUAUGAGCUGGCUCCUGAUCAGCGAUAGCUGGAGCAUAGGGUGUAUAUUGCAUUUUGUCAUGACGAGGAUAUAGAUGUGUUUGCGAUUCUCAA